AUGGCUCCCAAACAUGCGCUCCUCUCCAGCAGCGGCAGCAGUGGCCCCGGGGUCGGAGGGAUAAAUGAUAAAGAAGACCCCUGCUCUUCCUCCCCGACAUCAUGGAUCCUGGAUGCGGGGAUGGUGGCCGUGUGCGCGCCGAGAAACGGGAAGAGGACACGGGCGCUGAAUGAGAUGAUGGCCCGGUGGUUUGUGACCAUCGGCGCGGUACUGAUGCUGAUGAUGCAGAGCUCCUUGGCCGCUGACGCUGAGGGAGGUCAUCAUGAGUCAGUGAGGCGGGCAGUAUUGCCUCUGGCCUCUGGGGCGCCCUCCAACCUCUCAGCCACCCCCGUGAUUGGAGACAGGGCCGGGGCUAAAGACGGCGAUGCGACGGAUGGGACUGGCGUCAGUCCUGGAGCUUGGUCGGAGGGCAAAGUGUUUGCUGAGGCCAGAACGGCGGUUUGGACUGAAACAGAAACAGGAGUGCGCGCUGGAGCAGGUGGCAAAGUCUUUGCAGAGACUGGGAUUAUGACGGGAACCGGUGCAUGGGCUGAAGUUGGGGCUGAAUGGAGGCCAGCAAAUAGGGAGGGGGGCGACCUGCCAAACCUGCCCAGGGACCCGGCUGCCUGGCUGGGGCAGCAGAGGCUGCAUGGAGAGGGCCAAAGAGAGCAAGCAGCUUUUUCAUCAGUCCUCACCAUGCUGGCAGAGACAGCAGAGCUGCAGGCACCAGCGGUGGGAAAACCUUUAGGACUGCUGUCUAAAGCUGCUUGGACCAAAAGCUCCUCUUCAUCGUCAUCCAAGGCGUCAUCCUCUUCCUCCUCCACCACCUCUACGACAAAAGCAUCCCCUUUGCCUUCCUCUUCCUCCACCCCACCCAGUAACAGAGACAGUCAGCCAGCAGGAUCAGACAGCGUCUCUCAGGUUGCUGUCAACAGCAACUCCUCCGUCAGCAACAGCAGCAUCAGUUUAGAGGACUCAGUGAGCAGCCUGCCAGCCUGGGACCUCCCCACUGUCCCUGAGUCACUCCUGUCCACAGUGGGAGACCAUGACAUUACACUUCCUGCCAAUGUCACCAGCCCUUUCUCCACCCACCAAUGGAACACCACCGUGCCCGUGCGCACCAGAAACACCUCACGGCAGACAACCACAUCAAGUACCACCAUAAAGACCCCUCUGUCCCCCACCACCACGUCAACUGUACCAUUAACUAGCACAGCAAGAGCACAAACACCACCAGAGUCCACCACGGCUUCAAAAACCAUAAGCCAGGCCACUGUGACCAGCGACAGCCUUCAGCUGACAACAGUAACCACGACAACGCCCUCAACGACCACUCUUACUGUGACUGCCAAUGAGGUGACGACGCGGGCAGCGACCACUGUGAGUGCUGCAACGUCACCACCAAACAUCACUGCAGCAACAACCACGCAGCAAACGACGAGCCUCAGACCGACCACAGAAGCUACAACUCAGCCUACAACAACCACAACAACCACACCCGCCCCUACCACCACCACCACUGAACCCCCAACCACCACCACCACUACACCUUCUCCCACUACCACUACUACGACACCUGCCACUACUACUACUGCUGCCACCACCACCUCCACCACUACUACUACUACUACAACAAGUACAACCACAACAACAAAGGUACCUGCCACCACUGUGUUCAUCCCAGGCCGCACUACACCACCUCCUACCACGACCACAGAGCCUCCAUCCAGUACCACUGCAGAGGAAGGUCCUCUACCAUGCAACGUGACUGAGAAGUAUUGGGUCAGAACAGUUUUGUCCAUUGAGCUGCGCAGGAACCGUCUGGACCUGAUCCUUAAGCAGAAUCUCUCCAAAGGACUGAGCCAUGCCCUGCAGAGAGCCUUGAACGACUCCACUGCCUACGCACAGGUGGAACGUGACGACUGCAGCCCCCACAACGUGACGCUGGGUUACUAUGUGACCAGUGGCAAAACUGUCUACAUUUCCUCCUUGGUGGUUGAGGCGCUGAACGUUUACGGUUUUGACAAGCUGCUGUCGGACAUCAGGCAGCACAUCCCAUUGGUUAAGGCGGUCCUGGUUCCCGUGGCAACCUGGGUGCCCACUCCGAACAUUCACCUGCAGCUGAAAACAGUGCUGAGGUUCGUCGGCCCGACAGACAACAUCUACUCCUGCAGUUUUGUCCAGAUGUUGGAGCAGAGGCUUGAGAACGCCUUCGAUGAAGCUCAGGACAAAGUGCUGGAGACCUACAACAGGCUCACUGUGGAGAUCCAGAGUGUGUCCCAGGAGCCGGGCUCUCCGUCAGUGGCUCUGGUGUACGUAGUGAAGAAUCAGGAUGCAGUUCUUAACGGGACGGUCUCCAGCGGUCUCCUUAACCAGCUGACUGCUGAGCUGGUGGGCUACUUCCUGUUCUAUCCACCCCUCGUCAUCGCUGAGCCCCUUGAAUACCAUAAUCUCAACACGUCUACGGCAACCAGGAACUAUUGGGUGAUAACAGUGAUCCAGGAUGUGGACAGCUCCUCCCUUGAGGCCAACUACCAGAGCUUCGCCAGUUUGAUGGAGCAGCGACUGGCUGAGCUCUUCCUGGUGGCUGGCAGGCAGGGCUCUCGGGCUGCACGAUCCCGGCGGGCCACCACUGUAGGCAGCUACACCGUGCAGAUGGUGAGCAUGCGUCGACUUCCUGGUCCCAAGAACCCAGCAGAGAUGACUUACUACGCCCAGCUGAAUGGAGAACCCAUCACUGGAACCACUGCUGCCAAGACCCUCAGCAGUCUGGACUCCCAGACCAUGGCUCUGACUCUGGGAUACUUCGUACAAGUGCAGGCUGAACCUGUGGUAAAGACGCCGCCCAGCAACUUGUGGAUCAUGGCCGUUCUGACGCCUCUCUUCCUGUUGAUGGUGGUGAUCGGCAUGGUGGCCUUCAUUCUGUGUAAGAGAAACAGGGUCAUCUUCAAAACUGGCGCCUUCAGGACCUUCAAAACUCGCUCCAAGACCUCAUACCGAAGGGAGGGCAGUUACCACCACCAGCCUGUCCAGGGCUUCGACUACGCCAAGAAGCACAUGGGUCGAACGGGUGACGAGGCCAUCUCCGUUACUAAGGAAACUCUGGUGUUGGGGCUGCCCGUGCGAGAUGCUCCACUGUCAAUGUCAUUGGAUAAGAAGGUCCACCAGGAUGGCACUGCCAAUAAGAGGCCUCCAUCUGCUGACAUACACAAAGGAGGACGGUUGCCAAGCGAGGAGGACGGCUCGGUGUCGAGUAACGGCUCAGGGAAGCUGAAUGCCAGCAAGAGCUCGUCAGCCCGUAGGACGGCGACCGGCAGCAGUAGCAAGAAUGGCAAGGAGGAGCUGCACAAGAGGAGCACCAAUGACCCGUAUGAGGACCAUUCAGGUUCUUUGCGCCUCAUCACCAUUAAACCCAUGACGGCCCAGCCGACCUACUCCUAUCCCUCCUCCUCCUCCCACAGCCAAGACUCUGUGGUCGUCAACGGGGAUGCAAACCAUGGUGGGUUGAAGCAGAAGUCGGACAUCGAGCACUACAGGAACAAACUGCGUCAGAAGGCCAGGAGGAAGGGCUAUGGAGAGUUCUCGCUGUCUGAGAGCGGCAGCCACGGUUAUAGUCACCGUGACACCAGGCAUAGUCGGCACGACAACGGGGUCAAGGAGCCAAUGACUGCAGAGGAGAAGAGGGCCUCCUUCGCAGGGUGUCAUAAGAGGUACUCCCACCCACGGGAGCCCACCUAUUGGAGCAGACAGUCUCUGAGCAGCCCGAGCCCAGUGGAGACAGAGAUGGACCUGCUGGUGCUGAGAGAAAGAUCCAGAAGGGGCAUCCGUAACAACGGCUACGAUGGCGAACCAGAACCGUUUGAGGAGACCAACGUGGACCGUCUGAUGACCUCUCUGGGUUACGGUGGUGGAUCUACUGGCACCGGGAACGGUAGCUUGGGGGUGAAAGCUCACCGUGGCUCCGACUCCUCCACACUCAGCUCUCAGCCAUCCAUUGACGAGGUCCGCACGCAGAUGCAUAUGUUGCUAGGCAACGCCUUCAGCCUGGCACCUCCGGACCACGACCCACCUUCCCCUCCAACCAACAGCCACCACCAUCACCACCACCAUGCCCACAGCGCUUACAACCCCUCCCACACCAGCCACUACAGCGACGGGGUGACCAGUGCCCCAGGGACCAUGAACCAUCCCUGUGGAGGCAGGCAGAGGAGCACGGGCUAUGAGGACAUGCACCAGUGCAGCCUGCCUAAGCCGGGUUUCCGGUUCACUCAGCUUCCUGAUAUGGGCAUUGGUUCUCCCCCGCCACUGAUCCCCUCUAGACCAGGACCACCACCUGGGACCUCGCUACGACGUUCCACCCCUGAUGUUAGUCUGAAGCCUCGCGUGUCAGAGGCCUCAGACCUCCAGGCCCAGCAGCACAACGGUGCCCCCUACCUGCCGCUGUCCAGGACCCCCUUCCCUGCUGUUACUGUCGACCAGUCCAUCACUACCUACUCAGGAAACCCAAUAACAGCAGUCUACGCUAUAUCAGCCAACCGCCCGGGUUACUCAGACUACUUUGUCAUGUCGCCGCCGUCCUCAUACCGUAGCCCAUCCUGGAUGUCCUACCCACCUGAGCCAGAAGACCUGCCGAGGCAGUGGAACGACACACCAAAUUCACGUCACCUUGAAACCAUCUGCUGA